GAAAAAGAAGAAACAGGAGUAGACCAGUGGCAGUGGAAGAAAGGAGUUGUUUCGUGUUUGUUUCAAUGUUUGGAGUUUCUGUACUACUAUAAUAUACUGUAGUGUGUGGCUUGAUUCUUGUCGCUGCUGCUAUCCUGCUGCCCACCGUCUUUCAUUAUGGUGAAGAAGUGCUGCGCGUAUCGCUGCAAGAGCAAGUACAAGGUGGGCGGCAAGGUCUCUUUUCAUUCAUUUCCUAGAGAGAGUUCCGACUCUGCACGAAGAGACCGGUGGAUCAAGGCGCUUCAUUGGCAGAAUUGGAGACCAAAGAAGCUGACGUGGGUUUGUUCGCAGCAUUUCGUCGGCGGUGCGAAAAGCGACGAUCCACUGUCACCGGCAUUUGUGCCCAGGAUCUUUAGGUAUACGACAGCUGCUCGGAGACUUAGAUACGAGACGCAACUGAAGUCAUAUAUAGAGCAGCUAAUGGCUGGCGGUGUUCAUUCUGCCCCUCAGUUAAGUCCGAUCUCUUCCCCGGAGUCUGUUGAUACUGACAAAGUAGCAGUGUCCGCGGGUGCUGCAAAAGACACUGCUGAUCAUAUCGCGACUGGUAUUCCUACUCAAGGUGAACCGUAUGUUAAUGACUCCCAAAACGCUGUUGUACUAUCGUCUACGGACGCUGCGAGAUACGCUGCGAUAUGCGCUGAGAAAUGCGCUGCUGAUGCUCCAGUGGCUGAUACUCCCACGCAAGAUGUACUGUAUAUUCCCGACCCCCAAAACAUUGUCGUACUAUCGACCACGGACGCUGCGAAAUACGCCGCAAAAUACACUGCUGAUAUUGCCAUGGCUGAUAAUCCUACUCGAGUUGAACCGUAUGUUCCCUACCCCCAAAACAUUAGUGUCCUAUCGUCUACAGAUGCUGCGAAAUACAUUGCUGAUAAUCCUACUUGGGUUGAACCGUAUGUUCCCGACUCCCAACACAUUGUUCUAUCGUCCGCGGACGCUGCAAAAUUCGCCGCUGAUACUGCCGUGGCUGAUGUUCACGCUCAAGCUGAGCCGUAUGUUCCCGACUCCGAAAACGUCGUUGUACAAUGCGCAAUGUCCACGGAUGUGGCGAAACACACUGCUGAUACUCUCGAGCCCGGUAUGCCUACCCUGGGUAAAGCGUAUGUCCCUGACUCGCAAAACGUUGUUUUACAGUGCGCAUUGUCUGCGGACGAUGCUAAAGACAAUGCUGAUCGUGCUGCACAGGUUGACAUUCCUAGCCAAGGAGAACCGAGUGUUCCAGACUCCCAAAAUGCCGUUGUACAAUACAUACCAUAUAUAGUAUUGUCGUGUGAAAUACUAGACAACCAACCAGAGUGAAAAUGCAUUUUUCAUGAUUACAUCACAUGCUUUAUUUCAAAAUUACGAACAAAGGACGAGCUGGAUCGACAUGUGUAACGCCUUUAUUGUAAAAAUGUGAAAGUAAUGGGGAGAACCAAAAAAUUGUGAUUGACUAUCAUGAAAUUUUGUCCAUCCAGCUCGUCCUUUUGUUCGCAAUUUUGAAACUGUUGUCGCCUCGUCGCUUUUUUUUAUGCUUUAUGAAUUAAAUUUUUGUGUCUUCCCUCAAACCAGUUAACAUUUUA